AUGGCAGUUGUGUUACGAAAGUGGAAACAGGUUACCCUUUUUUCCGCCGUAUUGUACCCUCCUCGUACCAUUAGACCCUCUAUGAGUGGUGACCACAUAGAAAAACACGGCAAAGUAAGACAAAUAGCGUCAUUGGGAAGUCAAAAUAUGAGACCACGAAGAUAUAUGUCGAAUACACAAAAGAGGGUAUCAGUGAUGGAGAAAGGCGACUUUAGACUGGCUGGUUGCACUUCAGGAAAGAAAAUAGGCGUGGAGGAGAGACCUGAAAUGAGAGAGUCAAAGAUAUACACGUCUUCGUACAAUUGCAUUUGUGACAUGUGUCGUAGAUUCAUUACUAUGGAGUAUAAUCCAAUAGCCGAGCAAGUGAAUUUCAUUAUUGUGAAAUACGAUACGGACCAAAGAAAUAAUAAUAAUGAAAUAUCAUCAAUGCUAUACUACUUGGCAAUUGUGUACCGUACACUAUUAACAGUAGGGAAAAGUUAUAAAGAACUCAACAUAGGCCAAUGGCCGCUCCCCCCGAGGGAAGGGGGGACCAAAGCUCCUAAGCUGUUUUUUCCUGGCUAUACCUAUGACUCUUAUUCUAGCUCUAGCUAUGACUCUAAUUCUAACUCUAGCUAUCACUCUACUUCUAACUCUAGCUAUGACUCUAAUUCUAACUUUAUCUAUGACUCUACUUCUAACUCUAGCUAUGACUCUAAUUCUAACUCUAGCUAUGACUCUAAUUCUAACUUUAUCUAUGACUCUACUUCUAACUCUAGCUAUGACUCUAAUUUUAACUCUAGCUAUGACUCUAAUUCUAACUCUAGCUAUGACUCUACUUCUAACUCUAGCUAUGACUCUAAUUUUAACUCUAGCUAUGACUCUAAUUCUAACUCUAGCUAUGACUCUACUUCUAACUCUAGCUAUCACUCUACUUCUAACUUUAUCUAA